AUUGGAGUAGGAAGGAGAUGGACUGAAGAGUGGUUUGCAAACCAAAGCAAUGUUCUUUUAGCUAUCCAACAAGGUAUCAGUAACAGGAUAAAUUAUUUUUUAUUAUAUUACUAUGUAUUUGUAUCUAUACCAGGGGUCUCCAACUCCGGUCCUGGAGAGCUACUAUCCAGUAGGUUUUCUGUCCCACUUGGCUUCUGAUGAGUCACACCUGUUCCUGAUAUUUACCUGAGAGCAGGAGUGGCUCCUCAGAAGCCAGGUAGGAUAGAAAACCUACUGGAUAGUAGCCGUACAGGACCAGAGUUGGAGACCCCUGAUCUGUACUACUGUUAAAAUUUUGAGAAUUUAUAUAUUAAUUUAUUUAUAUGUACAAACACACAAAAAAUGAAAAGACAGCACAUAUUAAAUAAUUUAUUGGUUAUACUGCAUGGUAUUAUGUUUGCAUCACUAUUACAUCACUAUUUUUUGUUUUUAAAAAUAAGGUAGAUAAUUUGAAUACAUUUAAUGAGACAUGAAUUUGCAUAUGAAAUUCUUUGCAGAUGUAGUGUGUAUAUAUACAAUCAAAUAUUCAUUAUAUAAUAGUAUAAAUAUAGAUGAUCAGCAGUACCACCUUAACUCAGUAGGUAAGCUCUGUUGCUUCAAAUCUACACCAUUCUCUGUCUGGAGUUUGUGUGUUUUCACUUUUUGAUGUAGGUUUCCUCUGAGAUGUCUGGUUUCCUCCUGUAAGCCAAAUAACAUCUUUAGAUUGCCAGUAAUGUCUAAGGAUUUGUAUGUAAGUGGCCUGCGGAGGACUGGCAUCCCAUCCAUUGUGUAGCCCGGGUUUGAGCUCUGUGCUGCCUGGUUCUCUGUAACCCUGAUCAGAAUAAGUGGUCAGAGGCUCAGUUGUCCUUCCAAAUUUUUCCAUUAUCAUGUGCUUUUUGAUGCAUUGUAUUUCAUAUACAAAAAUUAUUACAAAAUAUACAGAGUAAAUACAAAUUCCUGUACAUUGUUCAUGUUUGCUUCUACACACACACACGUUUGUAUUAAUAUCUUUGUGAGGACUCUCCAUUGAAUUCUAUGGGAAAAACCCUAAUCUCAACAAUGCCGACGUUAAACCAUACCCAGGCCUAACUUGAAACGUUAAACAACCAAACAAAAUGAAAGACUUUUGGCAUUUUUAGGUUUUUGAUUGCAUUCACAGACUUUUAUAAAAUUGAGGUUUAUGUUGUGGGGACCUGAAAUAUGUCCUGAUAAGCUAAAAUGUAAGAGAUUUUACCACAUUGUCAGGGCAUCUAGUCCUCACAAUAUAAUAAUAACAUAAUACACACACACACACACACACACACAUACAUACACACACACACACACACACACACACACACACACACACACACACAUAUAUAUAUAUAUAUAUGAUCAUUUUAACAAGAAAUUAAUACUGAGCAUAGAAACUUCUCUGUUAUUGCCACAUUAGAGCCUACAGGACAUAUCCAACUUCUCAAAUUGCUCUGACUUGAUUUUGUUUCACUUGUCUUCCAGUUUUUUCCACAAUUUGGUAAAUAUAGUGGGUUUGUUUGCUAUAAUUUUCUCGCCAAUUACCUUCCAGAGAUUCUUGAUAGGGUUCAGAUCAGGGCUCCGUAUGAGAGGCCUGACUCCUGCCGCAGAGAACACACCCCACACCAUGACACUUACCCCUCCCAUCUUGUCUGACUUCAUCACACACUUCUGGUGGAGUGUUUUCUCAGUUCAAUAGUAAAAACAAUGUUUCCCAUCUGAACCAACUAAAUUCACUGAAACUUUGUACCAAGUUCUCCUCUGUUCACACAACAUGCUCUUCAGCUAACUGUUACUAACUGAACUUGACUGGUCUGCACAGAGCCCUGACCUCAACCUGGCAGAACACCUUUGGGAUGAAUUACAACUGAGAUUGUGAGCCAGGCCUUCUGGUCCAACAUCAGUGUCUCACACAUGCUGUCCUGUAAGAAUGGUCAAAAAUUCCCAUAAACACAGCUAAAACUGUUAUAGCUGCAGAGCCUGGGACAACUCCAUAAUAAAGCCUAUGUCUUAUGAAUGGGAUGUCAAUUCAUGCGUGUGUAAAGGCAGGUGUCCCAAUAAUUUUGGCAUUGUAGUGUACAUAAUUCAUCCCAAACAAAAUUUAAGGCUGGGGUGACAUCACAGUGUUUCAGUCACCAUGGUGAGGUCCACUAUCUUGCAAAAUGCCUACAAAUGUUGCCAAAUGGACUAGAGUAUCCAGAUAUAUCAAGAUAUUUCAGAUUAGAUAUUCCAAAAACUAUGUAAUCUAUAUAUAGUCAAAUAUAACAAAUUGUUCUCUAAUUUUUAUUGCAUACCUUCGAAUAUUUUUGUUUAUACCACUUACUAUGUGGUGUAGCCUUCACUGAUGAAAUGUGAUUAAAAUAUGUCUUUUCCAUCCAUGUUUGAAUAACUUUGAAAUUGGAUAAGCUGUGUAUAUUUGACUUUGUAUAUUACAAAAAUGUCUCCUGUUCUUUCGAUCGCCACUCUGGAUGACUGGAUAUGCCAAGAAUUUCCCAAAAAAAAAACACUCAGGAGAGCCCAGCUUCAGGAAGGAGUUCCUCACUGUCCUGCAAAUAACAUGGAGUGUUUUAGGGUGGGGGCCAUGAGCUAUGCUUGCGUUUGCCAACAGACUGUUUUGCCAUAUUACACAUGUGGAAGCAAUGUGCAGAAGACCCAGCUUUUGUGGGAACAGUGGUGGUGGCACUUGAGAUGAAGUGAUAUGAUCUGUCUGACAUGAAGUGUGCGAAGAACAGGAAUACAAAGUGAUCCAACCUCUUUUGGAAGUAUUUCAAGGAAGAUCAGGUUUCAUUCAGCAUCAAGUGGAAGAAACAGGAGAAAUGGGACAGAUGUCUGUUUUCCAGCUUCCCAAACAGCCAGGACAGAGAACAUCCACGGAUAUGGUGAUUCACAUCUACAUAUUUCUCAGCUUGUUUACCAUUAACAGUAUUCUUGGAAGCUGCCCAAAUGCUUGCCAGUGUGAACAAAACAUAAUGAUUUGCUCUGGUCAUCUGGUCAUAAAGUUCCCAGCAUUCUUGCCUCCAGCCACCAUGGAACUCUUAAUAGUUAAAAGCAACAUCUCAUUAUUAACACCAAGUGAUUUUGACAAUGGCUUUGAAUCUCUUUCUGGUUUUGUAGUAAAAGACACGGAAUUAGCUGAAAUUUUGCCUGGAACAUUUGAUCGUACUCACAGACUUAAAUUGGUAGGCUUUCAGGGAACUAACCUGCAAGAUCUGCCUUCAGAACUAUUCCAGGAAAUGCAAACUCUUGAAUCACUCAUCCUGAGCAACAACAAAUUUCAAGACUUUCACCCAGCUCUGUUCUCCCCUCUGACUGCCCUCAGAAAGCUUGACUUGAGCAAAAAUAUCCUCACCUCAAUCCCAACAGGUUUUCUGCAUAAGCUAUCUAAUCUCCAGCACCUCUCACUGGCUAGGAACAGCAUCAUGUAUCUUUCAGAAGAAACAUUUCAAGGGCAAAGGUUGCUAAAGAUUCUCAGACUAAAUCAUAAUGCCAUAAAAGGGAUUCCAGCAAGCUGUUUCAGUGCUCUUGUUAACUUGGAAGAACUAUCCUUACAGGAAAAUCAAAUUGAACAUCUUGCACCCCAGCUGUUCUCCAACCAGUACAAACUUAGGAAGCUGUUCCUAUCUAACAAUCGUUUAUCAUUAUUGCCUGAGGGCAUCUUCUUAAACCUUCCUAGGCUUAUUCAAAUAUCCCUCCAUCAAAAUCAACUUCAGGAAUUGUCCACUGGAGUUUUUGGUCCCAUGGUUCUCCAGGAACUCUGGCUAUAUGACAACAGACUGACCCAUGUGGGAGACAAUGUGUUCAGCAACUUGACUCAGCUGCAACUUCUUGUUUUGAGUCGGAACCAGAUCAGUUCAGUAUCGAGUGGUGCCUUCAGUGGACUCAUAGAGCUGAGUGAGGUGUCCCUGCACACUAAUCGUCUUACGAGCCUUCAGGAGUGCACCUUUAGUGCACUGCCCAAACUGGUGAAUAUCUCGCUUGAGCACAACCAAAUUCAAACUCUCCCCUGGAAAGUAUUUCAGAACAUCUCUAAACUGAAGCAGGUAGACCUCUGCAACAAUUCCCUAUCAAGCUUGCCACUGGAACUUUUAGAUACAUUUCAGAUGAUUGAAGAGGUUAUCCUCUCUCAGAACCCCUGGAAUUGUAACCAGGACAUCCUGCCUCUCCGAGAUUGGCUGAGGCAAAACUCUUUCAAGGUGCUGAAUUCCAGAAACCUGUUAUGCUUCCACCCUCCUGCCCUGCAUAAUAUGAGUAUUUUUGACCUUACCAAUGAAGACUUGAUGGUAUCACUGACAAGCACCAGUCCUACAUCCACAUCAAAUAUUAGUGCUACUAGUUCUACAUCCAAACCAAAUAUUGCACCAGAAGGGAAGGGAAGGACUAAUUACAACCAUGUGCUUCAGACGGGCCUUUCCCAAAACACUUUAUUCAUCAUCAUGACAAUUUGCACAGUUAUCAUUGCCAGUACAGUCAUCUGCUGUAUUUAUCGAAUGAGAAACAUGCACUCCAGUCAGAACUUACAGCAAGGUAAUAAAAACUGUCAUAUAGACUUUUGCAACACUUGACUCACACAUGCCUAAAGUGUAAUUUGAGAUUCAUUUUAAGAAACUUUAGACAAAGAUAUGUUCUACAAAAUUAACUCAUGAAGGUGAUAAAUCUUUCCAUCUUAGAAUAUUUUCUUGUAAUGGAAAAGUCAUUUUAGUUUACUUGAUCUUUAGUACAGUUUACGUACAGUAGUGAUCUCCCAAGCUUUACACUGUGAUCUGUUUCUGAUUGUGAUCUAGUUCAAAAGAUGAGAUAACAUACUUUGCUUCCCGGAGAGGGGACAUGAGCUCUAAUGUAUAAUAAUCACAGUUGCAUUACUUUAGAUCUAUCCAGAAAGUUUAACACGUCAUACCCUGAACUGAAAGGAAUGUGUGUUUGCAUGAUAUCUGUGAAAUAAUAUAAACUAACCAAAUGUCAUAAGUUUCAUUUACCAAAUAUUCAGCUUUUCAUUAUUGGCUAAAAAACAAAUAAAAAGCAAACAUCUGCUUUGUAAGCUUU